AUGACAACCAGCAGCGGCCGGGACCGGCAGCCUCUACCGCAGCAGGGGUGGGGCUUUGGGGGAGGGGGCAGGAGAGGAGGAGCCAGAGGAGGUGUCUGCUGCAAGUUCCUGGCUGCUUCUGAGCUCACCCCAUCCUCCAAGAGGGAGGAGGCAGGUGGUGAUGCCGCUGCUCCCGCCGCCUCGACUGCUGAUGCUCUAGUGAGGCUGGAAGGGUGGUUCCUGUUCGCACCAUCGCCAACCAGAGAGCGAGGGAACAAAAUCCCAAGAGCAGCUGCCGAUGUUGGGUUCGGAGGCUGCAUCCGACUCGGUCACAAGGAAAAUGGAUUCAGUUUGCAUCUUUCCCUCCUUUCAGCAGCUUCUCCGGGUCUCAGCAUGUUAAAACGGGUGCGGGAAACCGAGAAACAAUGUAAACCUCUUCUGGAAAGGAACAAGUGCCUCACCAAGAGGAACGAUGAGCUGAUGGUGUCUUUGCAGCGCAUGGAAGAGAAGCUAAAAGCCGUUACCAAGGAAAAUUCAGAAAUGAGAGAAAAAAUAACAUCCCAUCCACCCUUAAAGAAAUUAAAAUCUCUGAAUGACCUCGAUCAAGCUAAUGAAGAACAAGAGACAGAGUUUUUAAAACUUCAAGUCAUUGAGCAGCAGAACAUUAUUGAUGAGCUCACAAGGGACCGAGAAAAGCUCAUCCGUAGGAGAAAACACAGAAGAAGUUCCAAGCCAAUUAAGAGGCCUGUUUUGGACCCAUUUAUUGGCUAUGAUGAGGACUCCAUGGAUUCAGAGACAUCAUCCAUGGCCUCAUUUAGAACAGACCGAACACCAGCUACUCCUGAUGAUGACUUGGACGAAAGUUUAGCAGCUGAAGAAUCUGAGCUACGAUUUCGACAAUUAACAAAAGAAUAUCAGGCCCUCCAAAGAGCAUAUGCCCUCCUGCAGGAGCAGACUGGAGGUAUCAUCGAUGCUGAAAGGGAAGCCAAGGCUCAAGAACAGCUCCAAGCAGAGGUGCUAAGGUAUAAAGCCAAAAUUGAAGAUCUGGAAGCGACCCUGGCUCAGAAAGGGCAGGACUCACACUGGGUAGAAGAUAAACAACUUUUCAUUAAGAGAAACCAGGAGCUUUUAGAAAAGAUAGAAAAACAGGAGGCAGAAAAUCACCGGUUACAACAGGAACUACAGGAUGCCCGAGACCAGAAUGAGCUGCUGGAGUUUCGAAACCUAGAGCUAGAAGAAAGAGAGAGACGAUCCCCUCCAUUUAAUCUACAAAUUCACCCAUUCUCUGAUGGUGUGAGUGCUCUACAGAUCUACUGUAUGAAAGAAGGUGUCAAGGAUGUGAACAUCCCUGAUCUCAUAAAGCAGCUUGAUAUCCUGGGUGAUAAUGGGAACUUAAGAAAUGAAGAACAAGUGGCCAUAAUUCAGGCCAGCACUGUGCUGUCCCUGGCAGAAAAGCUAAGUGUCAUCCAUGAACCAGGCAAUGUGGCGGGUACUUGGAUACUAGAGUCACAAGUCAGAAGUGACAUCACUGUGCUCAUUCGCUUUCGGUCUGGUGACAUGUCAGUAACCGAAAACACGGAUAAGACCCCAGAAAGGCAAAUGCUUCUAGACCUUCAAAGAUGGCAGAAAUGUUUACAACAGAACAGAGACGUCUGCGAUGUGAAUGGGAAGGAAAGCAGCCUCCUGUUUGUUUUCCUGCAAGAGGUGGGGUUUGUGGGAUGCAUUCCACGGAUGACAGAGGAGAAGCAGAUGACAGAGGAGAAGCGGAUCACAGUGACCCCUGACGAAACUGGCAACAAGGCGGAGGACCUAGGCGAAU